UCUUUUUCCUUCAAAUAUCCUCAAAUUCCUGUUUCUCAGGCAUCUCUUUUGGGACCGUAUCCUCAGUGUGCCUGAUAUGUGAGUCCCAUGCAUUGUUUGCAGUGCCAUAGCAACCCGGGCUUGCCGUGAGCCGCACAGCAGAGCCAGGCUGCCUUGGUGCAGACCAGGAGUUCAGAGCCAGGCCCGGCAGCUCUGCAGCUUCUAUUUCUGACCUGCAGGGAAGGAUUUCACCUUUGCAAAUGAGGUUGUCAGCUUGCAGGGGUGGAUGCCGGUCCUUUUACGUGUAGCUCCAGCAUGCAGUCGAAGAGGCUUACCACUGAGCCUCCAUGUAUAACAGAAGACGUGUUUGAAGACUGCUUAGCCACAGAUGAUAUGCUUGUGGACUACUUCAACGAAUUUUUGAGUCUUCCAACUUUUACCCAGCCAGUUAAAUUUAACCCUGACUUUGGGGUUUUUGAAGUAGUUAAUGAUGCCCCACAACGCCUGGAAAACCAGCUGAAAAAAGUUCUACAUGAUCAGAAACCUCCAAACCCCAUUUAUGAUGUUAUAAGGAAAGCAAAGAAUGAUGGGCAGCAUUCCAAAAAGAUCAGCGCUUCUCCAGUCUUCAAUAUUGAUCCAAAUUACAACACUAUGCGUCUUGAUCGAGAACAAGCGGUUCAGUGGGUUAAGAAAGAAAGACUUCCAGCUUUUCUAGAAAGUGACUGCUACUUUGAAUACAGGCUGGCUAAAUUGAUAUCACAAGUAGAAUGGAGCCAGACUGGCAUUAAUUUCAUUAUAGACAGUAACUAUUAUCCCUGGAUAAGGAAGGAAGUCCCUAGUCCUCCCUCUCCUGAAGAAGAUGACACUUCAUUCACUAUGAAGAAGUUCUAUGUAUCACUUGGCCAGGCUACGGUUUCUCAGACAAGGGAUUGGUUUACGUUAGCAAAAGAAAGUGAAUCCACAAAAACUACAGAUUCAUUUACGUGUCCUGUAGCUUCUAGUCAAAUUCAAGAUAUUCAGCAUUUGCCUGAGAUGCAUGAAAGAGAUGAUUCAUUAAGUGACAAAACUGGCCUCCUAGAAGCAGGUUCCCUGUCUAAGGAAUAUCACCAACGGAGUUUCCUUUCCCCUUCAAGGACUGUGUCAGCAAAAGCUGGUGAUAUUAGGGAGAAAUCCAGAGAGGCUGAGGAGCAUUCUUCUGUGGCCAUUGCUGAAACUCCUUCUCACACUCAGCUAAUUUAUGUAGACCAGAAACUGGAAAGUGCAUCAAAAGAAGAAAGUGGACAGGAAAAUGCAACUCUUCAGACACCAAAAGAAAUCAUCCCAUCUUAUACUCAAUUUGUAAUGGAGGAAUCCAUUUCAGAACUGGGCCACCAGCCAGCUGCCGAGAUUGAGAGUGAUGUGGAUUUCCAUAAACAGCCUAAAGUGUUUGCACACGAGUUAGCAAAUAAUGAAGUUGCAUGUGGUACUGCAGAGCCACUCUUUUCCCAAAGUUUUUCUCCAUUUACUGACUUAGACUCCAUGAGAGAUGUAAGAGAACAGGAUACUGAAGAAGUGAGCUUAAGAUCAAGUUCUGAAAGUGAUGGGGCCGACAGUAGGGCUGCCUGGUGUAUUAGCCACAAAACGUAUGAUGCUGGCAACAGAAAUGAGUUUGAAAGAUUCAAUAAAUUCAUUAAAGGAACACUUGGGGAGAGGUAUUGGUGUCUCUGGAUGGAUAUUGAGAGACUAAAGGUUCUUAAGGACGCUACAAGGCAACAAAGGCAACUUGAUAGGAUGAAAAAAUUCUAUCUGCUGAGCAGUGGAGACUAUUUCCUCACUUCUGAAGUGUUACUCAGACUUGAUCUACUACGCGGAGAUCAGUGGAAUAUAAAGCAUUUAAGGCGGAUUCAGCCUGAAGUAGUGAAACCUCUUCUUCUUUACUGGGGUCCCAGAUUCUGUGUCACUCAUUCAACAGCAAUAGAUACUGCCAGUGCAAAACUGAAGUUCUGGCACACAUGCCAGGAGAGACCAAGGAUAGACAUUGAUCCUUUCCCACAAAUGGUAUCAUUGCUGCCAUUGACACCUAAAUCUUGCAUGCCCAGGAUGCUUCCUCAGAAAAGUAGAACCAGCACACCAACAACAUUUUUGAAACUAGCCACACCAAAUUUCUCUUUGAAGAGUUCAUCAAGGUUAUCACCUAUUUUGUCAUCACGUCAGAGCCCCCAAAGGGAUGACUUUUCUAGCAGUAGAAAGUGGUCAAAGUCAGUGAGCAGGGACAUGAUACCUUCCAUAACUUUGGAUGACUCUACAGAAAUGCAAUACCAGGCUCGUAGAAAGUAUACCUAUGCUGAGUUGCUCCCAGGGAAAAGUGCUGCUGGCAGUGCUGUCUUAGGGAGAUCAAUAAUGGAAAGCAUGCUGCAGUCUCUUUAUUUGGAAAGCAGAGCAGGCUACUACUUCACACACUUCUGUGAGAAGUCAGGGAAUAAGUUGUGGAAGAACAGUGCGUACUUUUGGGCUGACCUACAGGCUUAUCAUCAGCUUUUCUACCAAGAAACUCUUCAUCCCUUUAAAAUAUGCAAGCAAGCUCAAUUCCUUUAUGCAACUUACAUUGCCCCAUCGGCCAGUAUGGACAUUGGGCUUCAACAGAGCAAGAAAAACACGAUUUAUCAGAAAAUUGACCCAGCUUUUGAGGAUCUUUUUGACUUAGCAGAAGAAUAUAUCCUCAUUCUUCUGCUAGAACCAUGGAUGAAAAUGGUGGAAGCAGACAGGUACACUUAUGGAAAGGUGGAGUUGGUGGAAGAAACUCGACAGCUGGACUCCGUGUACUUUAGAAAGCUCCAGGCUUUGCAUCAAGAGAGUGUUUCCAAGAAGGAUGAGAGUACUGUUGCUGACACUGGUCUGCCAUCCUGCCCUGGUGUUCUCAAAGAAGCUCAGAACUUGUGUCAAGUUCCCAAAGAAUCAGCAGGUUCUAAUCUGUAUGACCUGAUCCAUGACAAACAGAAGUUAGAACAGUUCUGGGUUUUUCUGAAUGAGCACUCUGCCGGGAUGGAUCUCAUGUGUUGGCUAGAUAUUGAACAGUUCAGAAGGAUGCUCCACAAGGAUAAAGAAGGAAGAGAGGAAAAAUCCAAGGACAUUAAAAACAAGUACCUGAACAAAAAAUACUUUUUUGGACCCAACAGUCCAGCUACCAGAGAGCAACAAGAACAGCUAAUGCAUUCAGGUGGAGGAUGGGGACAAAUCCUUCAUGAUCGGCUUCCUCCAGCGGUUUUGCUAGAAAUUCAGCAGUGCAUCCAGAAGAGAUUAGAAGAACAAUGGCUGCCAUUGUUCCAGGCAGAUGAACAACAUGGGGCGGAGGGACAAGCAAAGGUAAGGGACAGAACUGAAGAUCUCCUAAGCCAAAACCAGGAGAAGACAACUAGGAUGUGGAAGCAUGUGGACAAUAAGUGGGUUUCUUCAUCUAGUGAAAUAAUUGCUUUCCGCAAAGCGCUGUUGAAUCCAGUGACAGCAAAUCAGUUUCAACACUUUGUGUCCCUGAAAGGAGACCUCCUGGAGAAUGGAGUGCUCUUUUGGCAAGAGGUACAGAAGUAUAAGGACUUGUGCCAUUCUCACUGUGAUGAUGCCACAGUCCAGAAUAAGAUCAUGGCUAUCAUUGACUGCUUUAUUAAUUCCACCGUACCCCCAGCUUUGCAGAUUGACAUCCCAACUGAACAAGCACAGAAGAUUUUGGAGCACAGGAAAGAACUAGGACCUUACAUUUUUAGAGAGGCACAGAUGACUAUUUUUGCUCUUCUGUUUAAAUUUUGGCCAAAAUUUUGUAAGUUUCAAAGCCGUUUGGCUAGUGAUGAAAUUUUGCUUGCGUUGGAGAGAAAAAAAGGAAAAAAGAUGCAAAAGGAAGGCAAAACAUUAGAGGAAAGGCUCACAAAGCUUCAGGGUAAAGAAGUGGAUACAAACCUCAUCAAUCUGGCAAGUAGUGCUCUGGGACGAGAUGUUGGCAUGGAGAGAAGACCAACAUCAUUUUCAGAUGGAUAUGGGUGGCAGGCUUCCUGGUCCUAUUCCAAGUACAUAGAAGCCUUGGAGCAGGAGAGAGUACUCCUUAAAAUGCAAGAAGAUCUGGAGAAAAAUUCAUCAUCAUUCUUUACAGGUACCUCAUCUAAAUCUUUCAUGAAGGCUAGAAACUCUGAAAAAUCCACUAUUUCUCCGAAGAGUAGCGUGACUUUGGAGAAACGCUCAGAUCUUCCCAAAGAAACAGAAAGCAGAUUAAAAUCUCUCUGAGGAAGGAAAUGCAGAGACAUUCACCACAGGUGGGCAGAAGACACAAAACUAAUGUGCGUGCAAGGUUUGUACUUAAUUUCCAGAGCAAAGACAACGACUUCAAAUAUUAUUAAGAACCAUGAGGCAUUAGUCAAGGGUAGAAAAGAAACAUCUUCCAAUACAUUCCCUAUCAACAUGAUUGUGAAACUGACUCUUGUGUCAUUUAUUAGUUUAACGGUACGCCUUGGAGGCUCAGCUUAGAGCAAGAUUCCACUGAAGUAUGCACAGCACAAACAAUUACGUAGUCUUGGUCCUAAUGAUCUUAUAACCAAGCCUAGUUCUUCAGCGCCUAAUCUAAUGAAAAAGUAAAACACUGCAUUAACUGAUAGCUCUGAAGCAGAGUGUCUCAGCAUGCUAUGGUCUCAGUACUGCAAUUCACACAACUUCUGGUCAUCAAGAAUAACCCAUGAAGUGUCUGAGCUAUUCUAAAAACAAACCCUGUUGUGGUUUGUUCCCAGUCCAGUCUGAUUCAUGGUCCAAAGUACACCUUCUGCCUCAUUUCUCAGUUUCGAUCCACAUGAAAGACUCAACAUAUAUCAGGACACCGAUCUGACUGAUAAUUUUUGCAAAAUGUCAUUCUUCCCAAGGCGUAAUUCACUGGUAGGCUGCAGGAAUUCAUAGCUCUUGGGUAGCUCUCCCUUCUUUCUUAAUUCCUUUUAAAACUUUAAGAGUUGUAAAAAGAGCUGGAACAGAGUUGAUACUGGGGAGUGAAGUAAGGGCAGGGGCAGAAUUAACUGCUGGGCAGGGGACAGGAUGAUGAUAGACCUCUCCACAUUUUCCAGACCACUUUAAACACCAGUCCCUAGCCACAGCAUUGUCGGCUCUGUUCUCCUCUGCAUGUGGGUAAUGCAUGUAAGAGAAAGGCAGAUCAGGGAGCUCCAGCUUGCUGAGUUCCUGACAACUUAUCCCAGAGUUAGGGAUGGGAUUGUCUUCUGCGCCCCCUCCCAACAUCCUGGACAAGAAGAAGGAGCUACGCAGCCUUCCGUGAGUUAUCAGAAGUCAAGGACCUUCACGUGGAGCUCUUAGAUCAUCUGGCUAAGGACAAUUCAUGAGUGUUUUCCUCUUCAGUGUGGAGUGACAGCUAAAGACAACUGAUAGUCCUUUUCUUUUUCACUCUCCAAACAGAAUUGUACGGGAUUUCCAUCAGAAGUUCCUUUAGAGAGCCUGGCAGGGAAGGAACACAUGCAUGUUUAUGGCUAUAGCUCUUCUGCCAUAUAACCUCACAGAAAGAACAUGGGAGAUCACUGUUUUGGUUCCUACUUUCCCUAC